UUCAAAUGACCAUAGGCCUACUUAUUUGUUAACCAAUAUUUAUUUUACCUAAGUCUCGGAGAUAUCGGUCUGUCUUGCGGAACACUUUAACUAGCUCUUUUCUCAGACGGAUUGUAUAUAUCGUUGCACACAGCUACAACAAAAUUGAAAGGAACACAUGACAUAAACAUCAGCAUGAAAAUAGUUGUCUAUCUAUAAAAUCUCUGUAAUCAAAGAUAAAACCAGAUUGUACUAUUCGAACACAUAACAGCCAUGGAUGAUGUUUUAAUGGACGAGGAUGAUGACUGCCCAGAGUUGGUCCCCAUCGCAGGAAAUCCUCUCUCACCUGGCGAGCAGAUACCUGUGACCAUCAUCACAGGCUACCUCGGUAUGACUGGCAGUGCUGGGAAGACGACACUGUUGAACUACAUUUUAACUGAGCAACACAAUAAGAGAAUCGCUGUCAUACUCAAUGAAUUUGGAGAAGGUAGUGCUCUGGAGAAGUCUCUAGCUGUGAGCCAGGCAGGAGAGCUGUAUGAGGAAUGGCUGGAGCUCAGGAACGGCUGCCUCUGCUGCUCUGUCAAAGACAAUGGCCUGAAAGCCAUAGAAAAUCUCAUGCAGAAGAAAGGAAAGUUUGACUAUAUUCUUCUAGAAACAACAGGACUUGCGGAUCCAGGUGCUGUGGCCUCCAUGUUCUGGGUUGAUGCAGAACUAGGGAGUGACAUCUAUCUAGACGGUAUUAUCACAGUCAUUGAUGCUAAAUACGCAAUGCAGCAUCUGACAGAAGAGAAACCAGAGGGACUGGUCAAUGAAGCAGCUAGGCAGAUCGCCCUGGCAGACCUUACCAUCAUCAAUAAGACUGACCUGGUGAAUGGAGAAGAGCUCAACCACCUCAGAGACACCGUCAGGUCUAUAAAUGGUCUGGUCAAGAUUCUGGAAUGUCAGAAGUCAAGGGUGGACCUAUCUCAAGUUCUAGAUCUGCAUUCCUUUGACAACAAAGAUGGAGUUAAGUAAGUGUCUUCAGUACAGUGUGGCUUUGAAUCAAUAGCACUCUCAACCCCAUUCUAAAUCACUCUUCUAAACCACUCUCAACCCCAUUCUAAAUCACUCUCAACCCCAUUCUAAACCACUCUCAACCCCAUUCUAAACCACUCUCAACCCCAUUCUAAACCACUCUCAACCCCAUUCUAAACCACUCUCAACCCCAUUCUAAAUCACUC